CACCUUCGAACGGCAUCUCACCAUUACACUCCAUCCUACCAUUAGGCUAUAAUGUUUUAUAGAGACGAAGCUUCAAUACUCUGAUUUGCUUUAUCUUGGAUUCUAUUUUGACCCACCCACCUGUGUCUCGGCUCACUGUCUGUCUUCGAACACCCCAUAAUGGCCCCUCCCAGGCCGAUAAUACUCCGCUUUGAGAGCCGAAAUGGCCAGUUUCGCUUGACUGUCAAUCCAUCCAUAUUGUUUCCUGAGCUGAGAUCCAAGAUUCUCGAGCAACUACCUCCAUCCACCGAUCCCACCUCGAUUAUCCUUUCGAACAAACCUAUCGGCGUAGGCGGCCAAGAAAGGUCGUUGAACAGUUUAGAUGGUGUUUCUAUUGAAAGGGUUGGAUUAUCACAUGGCGACAAGUUGUUUCUUGGAUACGAGGAAACACCGGCGAUAUCAAACGGUACAUCCCAUGUACAACAAACAACCGCUCAAAAUGUUACUAGCGAGUCUCGACGUCUAAACGGAGCUGCUGUCCCUCAGCAACCCACCGUCGCUCUUCCACCUCAGCCAUCGUCGCCAUCGACUAUCAUCAAAAACCCUUGGGAGGUGGUGGAACAAUCGCCACUCGAUGACAUUCUUGACAAGAAAGAUGGAAAAAUACCUAGACCGCGAGAUAUUAAAAUGUGCAGACAUGGACCCAAGGGCAUGUGUGACUAUUGCAUGCCUCUGGAACCAUAUGCUCCCGAAUAUUUAGCCGACAAAAAGAUAAAACACCUGUCCUUUCAUUCAUAUCUCCGGAAAAUCAACUCGUCAAAGAACAAACCAGAGCUCAAGAGCUCCUUCAUGCCACCUCUAAGCGAACCCUAUUACCGCGUCAGGCGAAAUUGUCCCUCUGGGCAUCCGCCGUGGCCCGAAGGUAUUUGUACUAAAUGCCAGCCUAGUGCGAUUACCCUGAAGCCUCAAGAAUUUCGCAUGGUUGACCAUGUCGAGUUUUCUUCACCAAGUCUUAUCAAUGGACUCCUUGAUUUCUGGCGAAAAUCUGGGGCUCAACGCCUAGGUUAUCUUUAUGGAACAUACGAGGAGUAUACGGAGGUGCCACUAGGCAUCAAAGCUGUUGUACAGGCCAUAUAUGAGCCACCGCAAGUUGAUGAAGUUGACGGGGUUACUCUGAAUGAAUGGGAGAACGAAAAGGAAAUUGACGAAGUUGCUCGUCUUUGUGGCCUACAAAAGGUUGGCGUGAUAUUUACUGACUUGCUUGACGCUGGCAAAGGAAACGGUUCCGUCAUAUGUAAGAGACAUGUCGACUCAUACUGGCUAUCUUCACUUGAAAUUGUCUUCGCAUCUCGACACCAGACACGGCACCCGAAAGCAACAAAAUGGAGUGAGACUGGCGCGUUCGGUUCCAACUUUGUCACUUGCGUAUUGAGCGGCGAUGAAGAUGGAGCUAUCGCAGUCAGUGCCUAUCAAGCUUCCAACUCGGCCAUGGAGAUGGUUAGGGCAGAUAUCGUUGAGCCUUCUGCUGACCCUUCUGUUAUGCUUGUGCAAUCCGAGGACGAUGAUGACGCAGGUAGCAAAUUACGAUAUAUACCUGAAGUCUUUUACCGCAGGAUAAACGAGUACGGUGCCAACGUGCAGGAAAACGCCAAACCCAGUUUCCCAGUGGAGUACUUACUGGUCACGUUGACUCACGGUUUCCCAACAGAAGAGUCGCCUAUCUUUACAGACAGCACGUUCCCAAUAGAAAACAGAGAAGUCAUCGGGGAACCCCAAGAACUACGUGCAGUUGCGAGGAAAUUGAUCAGCCACGGUGACCCGAAUAAAGCAAUCCGCGCAGUUUCAGAUUUCCACCUUCUCCCUUUCCUACUCUCAUUAGGGACUUUUAACGAGGACGAAGAGAAACUUCUGGCCCGUGUGGCUACAACCCACGAUACUGCGGAUGGCGUACAGCUUGUGAAUACCAGUGGAUGGGCCACCCUGGUUGCGAUUCUCCAGGAGAGCGGGGACUAGCCUAGAGUAACGCUUCGAACGAACACCACCCUAUCAGAGAACCUGCGUCUUCUACGAGCCCUUGAAUUUGAAUACCCGGUACCCCGGAUGCUAGGAACACAAUCUACACAGCCUGAUAAACCGAAUACAUGAUGGCCCGACUCCCUAGUGCUGGCUGCGUUUGAUCCAAAACUGACUCAUUCAGACUAUAAUCUUAUCCUUUUAGGACGUGGCAUUUGCAUCCUUCCGGCGAUCCCACAAAAUUUUC